UUUUGGUAAUCAAGAUCAUUUUAAAGAACUAUUAGAAACGUAUACUAAAGAAGAAUUUUAUUUAACAAUCUAUGGAUAUGAUGUUAUGAAUGCAAUUGUUGAGUUUCAAGAUUACAAAUUAGCGGAAAAUUUCUGCAAAAGUUGUAUUAAGUUAAAUUUCAAAAACGAAAAGGAUCCGACACCUAAUAUCCAAUUAUUUGGUAUAAUUUCUCAAUUCAUUUCAAAAUUAACAGAAGACAAUUCGAUAUUCGUGGAAGGCUUUAUAUCAGAAAUUUCAUAUUUUAUUGCUUUUGAUGAAUACUUUUUAACACAAACUUUAUCCAAAGUAACUAGUGUAAAGCACCUUGAUUAUAUCGGUGUUCAUAAUCAACUAACUACAUUAUCUAAU